AGACUGAUCGAAUGUUCAGAAAUGGCGACAACUCCUUUCGCGAAUCCAACGCAGCUGCUACCUCUUGGUAAAAUAUAUAAUAUUUUAGGCCCUAUAUCCAUAGUUUUUCCUAUUCUUUUUCACGAAUGAAGAUAUGUUAAUUCAGUCCCUAUAUCACCGGUCACCAAUGCAUUGUAAAUUGUAAAGUUAUUAUUUAUAUUAAUUAAUUUAGGUGACCAUCGUCCAUUCUUCUCACAAUAUCUCAAUUAGGCUUAGGCUUAGGCCUACUGAAGGUAUUUUGAUAACAAAAUUAAAACUUAAUAAAAAAAAUAAACCAAUGGCAUAGUUGAAUAGAGCUAAUUUUUAAAAGAUUGAUAGCAACAAAAACCUAUUUUUAGCUGUUUUAGUUUUAAAGUUAUGAAUUUUUAAAGUACCACUUAAUUUGUCCUUUUAAUUUUAAAACAUUUUCUGGGACCCAAUUCCGCUGUUGGCGUCACAAGCUGUAUAACUCUUGUUUUACCGGUAAUGAUAAUUUUAUUUUCAGAACUAAUUCUGUAUUAAAAAAAUAAGUUUAAUAAUGUUAACAAUUAUAGAUAAAUUGUAGCUUAUCUAACUUUGCACCAUUUAAAUCAGUAAAUUUAAUUAUAAUAUAGGUACUUUGACACAAAAUUUAAAUAUUGUCCAAUUGCCAUGAAUGAUACAUCAUUUUAAAGGGCUAGCUGUAAGCUUUUUAACGACACCAAUUUCAUCUCUCUAUCUUUUAUAGAACUGGAGUUAUGAUUUUUUUUUUCAAAUUUAGUAUGCUCCUUAUAUAAGCUAUAUAUGCGGCCAAAAAACUUGUGACCCGCUUUUAAAUUUUUUUCACUUUUUCCUCAUAACUUUUUUAUUUUUAAAGAUAAUGAUACCAAAUUUUCAUUAGAUAUUCUUAAUCCAAUAUACAACACAAUACAAUGAACCCAAAAUUUUCAAAUUAUAUAAUAAAUAUUUAUUCUUAAAAAUGUUUAUGCAGGGAAAGUAAAAAAAAAAUUGUUUGGGUAAAUUUUUACAUGAAAAACAAAAAAAAUACAGGUUAAUUCCAUUGUCAAACAAUAACAAUAUCAAAUAAAAUUUAAAUUAUUUAAUUUAUGUUCUGUAGGGAACUUGAAUAUAUCUGAAAAUAAAAAUUAUUAAAUUUUUUUUUUUUUUAAAUCAAAGGUCCAUACAAUAAACUAAUUACAUGAAAUGAAUCAGUGCUACUACUUAUUUGAUGGGACUCUGAAAACAUCCUGAAAAUAAAUAUAGAUAUAUUAGUAAAUUAUUAAAAUAUAACAUCCCGAAAAGAGAUGUAGAAAUGUUAUUAAAAAAUUAUUCAAAUAUUUAGUCAAAACUGACAACAAUAAAAUGGUUAAUGGUAAGUUUGUAAAUAAAUUACAGACAAUAAAUGUUAAACCAAAACCUAUUAAAUUAACAUUUACCUGUGUGAGAUGAAGAAUUUAAUAUAUUCUGAAAAGAAAAAAAAGGGAGGAAAAUAAUUUUUUAAAAUGUACCAGUAUUCCAAAAGAAAAAGUCAGAGAUACCGGUACAUACAUUUAAGUAAUGAUACCCAACAAAUAUUUAAUCAAUGCUGUUUUAAUUAUAAUUAAUACUAUAAUAUGAAAUUUAAUAGUUACCUUUUUUUUUAAAGAAAAUAAAUGUCCUGAAAAAGGAAAAUUUAAAAAAAAAUUAAUAAAGAUAGCCUAGAAAAGGAAAAUGUAAAAAUUAUUUUAAAAAGUUAUCAAGUAAAAAUGAAAAUCAAUGGGUCUCACAGUAAUAUAUUUACACAAAAUAAUUUUCUAAAGAUAUGUAAACAUUAAAAGAAAAGAUACCAGCCUGAAAAAGAAGAAUUUGAAAGGUAAUAAAAGAGAUAAUAAAAUAAUGAUUACUUUACCCUUCUCAGACACCUCCAUCAGUUCAUCCACCUUCAAGAGUGCCUCUCUCCUGUCCUCGGUCAUUGCCUUUAGUGUAGCCUUCAGCAGAUACACCUCCUCCUGUAGUUUGGUGACCUUCUUCUGCAGGAUGCGGUUCCUUCUGCUCAGUAGACUGGCCUUUUCCAUCUUCGUUGCUGAUGGUCCCAGCUGUUGUUCCAAGUGUCGAACCUUAGUCUUAAGCGUUGUCUUCUCUCGUUUCAGUGUCUCGAUCCUUACCGUCUUUCUCUUAAGGCUCUGAGUCCACACUUUCAUUUCAGGGGACCUGCAGAGAGACUUGGCAUUCAACUUAACUUGUCUCACCUUGUCACUGAAAUCAGUGCGCAACUUCUUUGCUGGUGGUGGGACAUCUAAAUUGAGUUGAUCUUCCUGUGGAACAAAACUAGUCAGAUGUUGAUCUACCUGUGGAAGUAAACACUCGCCUUGUAUUCCUGUAGUUGUAACAUCAGAACUGACCAACUUUUUCUUCUUGCUGUUUGGUGCUUUCAGUGGCUGCAACAAGAAAUUCUGAAUAAUUUUCCAGUUACGUUUUAAAUGCUUUUCAAGAUCGCGGAGCUUUUUUUCCAUUGCCAUUUACAGCACCCUGGUUUGACUGGUAGCUACUAUCAACUUGUUGGAAAUAUUCAUCAAGCAAAGUCACAGCAGCUUUCAUGCCUACCUUCUUGUUGGUUCUGUUGCUAGAAAAAAGACAGCAUAGCCAUUUCUAAACACUUUUGUCUCUGACUCUGCAUCUUGAGCAAAGCUUGCUACAAAGCUGUUGAAAUCAGAAAUGCUCACAUUGGGCUCUGCAGACAUUUUACUGAGUUAGCAACUGAGAAUUAUGUUAUAAAAUAAAAUGUUACUGUAUAUAAUACAAUACAAUAACUUAUUUAGUUAUAGUAUAGUUAUAGGAUUUUACUUUUAAUAAAAAUGAGAACUGUUAAAAUAAAUAACCUUAUACUUAUAAUUAUUAUGAUAAGGAUUUUAAAAAAUGAUCAUUUCAUAAUCAAACAACAAUGAUUCAUUCAAUUUUUUAAGUCAAAGUAAAGUAUUAACUAUUUAAUUUACACAAUACUUACAAUAAAAUCAAAUCUAUAUUUUAAUUAUAAUGUUAAUAAAUAUUAUAAUUAAAAACAGGCAAAAGUGAACAGACAACAAAAUCAAUAGUCCAUAUCUAAUUAAUGCUGUAUUAUAAAAUUUAUAAUAAUAUAAAACUUAUAGCUUAAAUUUAAAUCAAUGGUAAUAAUUAUUAUGACUUUAAAUCUCAAAGACUACAAUUAUAGCCUUAAAUAGCAAAGUGCAAAUAGCCUGAAAAAGAAAAAAAAAAUUGGAAAAUUAUUAGUACCUGUGUAUUGUAUGUAUUAGACUAGACCAGCGAUCUCCAAACUUUUCAGCCCGAGGGCCGAAUUAACUAUCUAACAGCAGUUUGGGAGCCGACUACAUACUCGAGGUCCAAAUAGAAAAGAAUCAAAACAUGGAUGUUGUUUUUAAUUAUUUAUGUAAUAUUAUUUCAUUCAGUUAUUAUUUAAUAACACAUUGAUAACGACACAUGAACACCUGUAUUAGUAUUAGUAUGAAUGGUGAAAUUGUUUCCUGGAUGCCAAAAUAGCAGUGAUUAACAGACAUUUCUUGAUUUAUAUUUGAUAUCUCUAACAUCAACAGUGACCUGAGAUUAUCAUCGGACAAAUUUGUUCUCAAAUUGCUCACCACAUAUUUCGUUCUUGAAAAUGUUUGUUCACACAGGUAUGUUGUUCCAAAGAUUGAAAGGUACCUUGAUGCAAAAGUUUUGAAAUUAGGAAAGUCUUCCUUGGGCAAAAACUGGUAAAAACCCACCAGUCCUUCCUUGAACUUGUCCCUAAGGAGGUUAUUUGCUUGCAACUUAAUGACUUCCAGGUGCAGUUCAUCUGGGCAACUGGUCACAUAUGCUUCAAAUUGGUUUUGAAAAAGUCUCACUUCUUCUGCCUUUAAAUCCAAGUCAGAAAACCACUGCUGACACUGCAGCUGGGGGUCUUUGAUGAUCUCGCAUGCAAAUGAUGUGGGGGGACUCAGCUGUUGCUUCAGCCAUGAAGACCGUCCACUGCUGAAAGUGCGUCAAGUUGUUAACAUGUACUUGUUCCAAAAAAAAAGAUUAAUUUGGAUCUGAAGGCUUUUAGGUGGGUGUAUAGAUAGGAAAGCUAGAUUUUCCUCACCUUGUAGUUUUAUGUUCAGAAAAUUGAAAUGACUAGUUAUGUCUGCCAUUUUCCAUACCCACUCUUCAUCAGACAGUAAUGCCUGUUGCUUGCCUUUACCUUCCUGGAAGUCAGCUAUUUCCUUUCUUAACUUAAACACUCUGCUCAGAACUUUCUCACAACUUAGCCAUCUUUUUGCUGUGUAAAAAUGGUAAAUUUUGCGAUUCUGUGUCUGUAUCUUUCAACAGAUUUCUGAACUGUCUAUGGUUGAGCCCAUGUGACCUUAUUAAAUUAACCCUAUUCACCACAGGUUUCAGUACACUGCUAAUGUCCACAUAUUUAGCACACGUUUCUGGUGAAUAAUGCAGUGCAGGAACAUUGUUUGCAGAAUUUUUUUCUCAUUACAAAUCUCCUUCACUUGUCCAACCAAGCCUUGCUUUAUGCCACUCAUGUUAUUUCCUCCGUCAACAGUCAGGCAACUGAGGUUAGUCCAGUCCAAGUUAAAAUCAGCAAAUAUUUUUUUCAACUCAUCGGUAACAGUUCCGUACAUGCUAUUUAGGAAGCCAGUUCUUGUGUUAUGUUCAUGUCUUCAUCCACACCCCCCUAACGAAGACAAGCAGUUGAGAGGUGGAACAGCUGUCCAGCGAUUCAUCCAUUUCAAUAAAAAAUUGGGGAAACUUGCUUGCAUUUUUUCACUAUUUGAGUCACAAUGUUUUCACCCAUUUCUGCAACACGGCGGGCAAAUAUCCGCGCCACUACAUGGCGUUAUAUAUUCUAAUUUCAUUGACUGUAUAAGGAAGUAGAAAAACUAAACAGCGAAUAAGGUUUUGCAAAAUAAUUAUCGGUUAGAAAACAUAACGCAGUACUGCACUCCUCUAUUUUAAUUCGGUAAAAACAUAACGUCCACGUAAGCGAUGUCUGAUCUUGGCAGGAUACACGUACAUUUCCGUAAUUUUUUUCCGUAGACAAAGGUCUCUGCAGGCCGCAUUAGAGGGCCUCGCGGGCCGCCCCGUAGUUUGGAGACCCCUGGACUAGACUAUGAAAAAAGCAAUUUAAUUUAAUAAUUAAUUCUAAACUAAACAACAACAUAUUAUGAUGGCCUUAUUAAAAUUCUCCUGUAGGAAUAGUCAAUAAGUAUAAUAAGAGAAUAAUUGAAUAACUAUUAUUAUUAUUGCUUUCUACGACUACUAAUUUGAACUAAAUUAUUUAGUACUAUUUAAUAUUUUGAACUAAAUUAUUUAGUAAAUGGGAGCAACCCUUGGUCCCUACAUAAACUUUUUAAGUUAUGUUAUAAUCUUUUCUUAAAUUUUUUGAAUAUAUAUUUAUUUUAAUUUUCUUUUAUUUAAUCAGAUGUUUAAGGAUUUAAUAAUAACGAAUCACUUCAUAAUUGACAGAGAUAAUAGCCAUUUCCGGGUCCUGGAUCAAAACAAAACAAAAUUAAUUUGGGGGCAUUUUCGUACCCCCUCUACUUUGGGAGAUGCAUAACUUUUGUGGGGCAAAGUCUAUUAUAUACUCUAAUAAUGAAAAAACUCUCAAAAUGAAUGUAGUAUGCACUGAACUACAUCUUAUUUGCCUAAAAUAACUAAUUAAAAAAAUAUUAUGUGAUAUAUGCUUACUCGGUGAUAAUGAUAAUCCUGAUCGUGACACAUAAAAAACCUCUUUGCACAGAUUUCAUAGAAAUGACCGGAAGACAAAAACUGAGACGUCACCAAUGAUGACAGCAAUUAUUAAUGGUCAAAAUGACAUAAAACACAAUUUUCCGAAAUACCGUGUAGCCCUAAGCCAAAAUUGUGGAACAAGUAUUUUCGACAUUUUAGGUCAUGCGCAUAACGAUGCGUCGACUAGUUUCAAAAUUCCUAUUUAAUAUAAUGUAUUAAUAUAUCGCUUUUCUGUUUACCAAAUCUACGACGUCCAUUAUACCGAUAUUUGCUAUAUAGUCUAUAUAUUAUAAGGCAACUCAUGCCCUAAUUACGAAAAUACUGUUUGGGAACUAUUGAACUUUCAACUUUGGUACAUGACUAAUUAAUUAAAGCUUUCCCUGACCUAGUUUAAUAGUUUUUGCGCACGGCAAACUUUUAUGAAUGAAAACUCUGAGAUAGUAGUAAAUAAUAGCCAUUAUACAAGUCACUGUGAAUGGCCGCCAAUACAUUUUGCACACGGCGAAUUUUUAAUCAUUUAUAAAAUGGACUCUGCCGGGUUUUUUAACCUCAAAUUUAAAUAUUAUUCUUUCGAUAACAUUUAAAUUCAUUCUAAAACAUAAGUUAUCAAAUAUUUUGAUGUAAAUAGUGGAAAUAAUUAAAUAUUUCCUAAGUAACAGCGUCUUCAGCCACUGAAAGGGGGGCGUGGCCACUUCCUUAUCGAAAUUGGGCUGAGCUACAUUACCAUAUAGGGGUUUACUCAAGUGAGCAUAACAAGUGACCGACAUGUCCUAACUCAAUGAGAAUUGACACAAAUACACAUCGAUCGACAAUACAGAAUAAGAAUUUUUUUAAAGACAUAAAAGUUGAACUUCUAUACGAAUUUUAUAGUGAAAGAUCCCAUAUAUUUAAAGGGGAAUCUCAAAAUUCAGGUCGAUUGAAAAAUUAAAACAAAUGAAUGUAAAUGUAGGCCAAGAUGUCUACCUAAAUAUAAGGCCAUAAACGGAACUCAAAUAUAUGUCAAAAGUACUCAUUUAAUAAUAAAUAAACACACACAUCGGAAAAUUAAAAACUCAGAUUUUUCGGCGCCAAUUGCCAUUUCCGAUACAUAAAAAGUAGUAGCCUCCCUUGGUUUACCGAAUUAUCUACCUACUGCCUACUUCUUUAAACUUCUUAUUCUUGGUACUCAUAAUUCAUAACUCAUUGAGAAGUUCAUCUUACACUUUGCACUACUUUACGAAUUGCAGUCAGUUACACUGGUACAGAUUAAAAUUACAGUGUUACUGUUUUUACCAGGAAAAUCCAGUACUCAUCACUUAUUCACUUAGACUUAGACUUAGGCCUACUGAGGCUACUGGCACUGGUUUUUUUUAAAUUUGUCCUGGUUUUUAACGAGCUGAAACCGGUACAGUUUAGGACAACAAAAUAUUUGUUUUUUUUACUUUGUUUAUUUAUCACAAAAGAAUAAUGAUAAGUACAUUCAGUCCCCACUGCACUUUUCAGAAAAGCAUUGUGCAGCUAAUAUUCUACUAAUUCUAGUCUUUGUUUAGUUUAAAAUAUUUUAUAAGAAGUAUACAGCAGUUUGUUCAGUUUUUAAAUGGUGUAAUUUUGUAAUGUACACAUUUUUUUGCAUUUCUAUUUCUUUAUUUCAGAGCUGGUUGAUAAAUGUAUCGGCUCCAGAAUUCACAUCAUAAUGAAAAAUGAUAAAGAGAUUGUCGGUAUUUUAUUAGGUUUUGAUGAUUUUGUCAGUAUCCUUUUGAUGGCAGACAUACUUGGCAAAUUUUUAUUACAUUAUUCAGUUUUUUGUUGUUUUUUUUUUGCAUAAAAAUUUACUGUCAGUUAAUGCUAUUAAUUAAAACUCAUUGAUACCUUUCUUCCGAGCUUGGAUUUUCAUAUGCGCUAAAUGGCUUUAGCCGAGGGCCUCCAAAAUUUAAGACUAACUAAGGCCCCUCAAAAUUUAAGUUUAAGAAACCUCAUUUUAUAAAUUUUUUUUAUUAUUAAAAUUUUGCAAUGUCAUUCAAAAGUGCUAUUACUGAUUUCCCUAGUCACAUAUAGGCCAUGUUAAUGCAGCCCCAUUUUGACUAAAGCACUGUGAGAUAAAGAAUACCAAGAAAUAAGAACAGAGCUCUUGAUCAACUCUCUCAAAGCAAAAGCAAAAAAUACAAGAUGAAAUCCUUUAUUCAUUUAUUAGAUACGCUUGAAUCUAAUGUACAAAGAAGACCUACUGGGUACAGCGACAGUGCAAAAAUGUUUGGGUUUUAUUUCUAACUCAUCUGACAGCAAGAAAUUCAGGAUGUGAAACGUUAAACGAAACCAUAAAAUUAUGUUCGGAGGGCAAAUGAUGUUUUAUUUUAAUGAUGGUGGUGUGUAAUUUUAAGUAAGUGAUUUUCCUUAAAACAUUAUUAAGAUAUGGUCUUGGAAGAUGUUACAGAAUUGUAAGUAAAAAAUAUUUGUUGUCUUAAUUUAAACUUUUAUAAUUUAUACCCAAGUGAUACUUUUACCCGUACUUUGAACAGAUUUUAUACAUUUUCUGAUUUGUACAGCUUGUUAUAGAGAGCUUGUUUACAUAUAAUAUUUCUCGUGCGUGCCCUCUGAUUGACCCCGCAUGAGACGCUGUGUUCACAAAGGGGUGUGGCUUAGGUCUUUGAUGUAUUUCUUGUUUACGCCGCCAACGAAUAAAAUUAAUUAAUCUGUUCCAAAUAGUAUUUUGUAGAAUGAUUUUGAUUUUUCUAGAAAUUUAUCGAAGGCAGGGCUUAGGCGUCGGUAGACCCACCUAUAUAAGGGAUUGACAGGCACGGACGAGAACGGACGGACGGAGAUUUUCUUAUAGAUUCUCUUAACAUUACGAGGCGUGUUUUAUUCUUUGUGUAUUUGUGUGCUCCUACUUAUAGGUGUUUAAUUCGUAUUAUUUAUUGGCAUCAUUAUUUCUAAUUGUAUUAACUGUGUACCGGUACGACAUCUGCCAUACUGUAAGUUGAAGAUUGUAAUUUUAUUUUAUUUUGUAAUUAUCUUAAGACAUAAUAAAUCUUAAUUAAUUGUAACUAGAAACUGUUUUGGGUCGUAUCUUUAAUAUUGUUGAUUAUAUGGUAUCGUCCUUUGUUAGGCACUGUUUACAACGAGCCAAUUAAAAUUAAAAUAGGAGAUUAAUUUCUCCCAAUACAAGUCAGUGCGUAACAAUUAUUUAUUGGCAUCAUUAUUUCUAAUUGUAUUAACUGUGUACCGGUACGACAUCUGCCAUACUGUAAGUUGAAGAUUGUAAUUUUAUUUUAUUUUGUAAUUAUCUUAAGACAUAAUAAAUCUUAAUUAAUUGUAACUAGAAACUGUUUUGGGUCGUAUCUUUAAUAUUGUUGAUUAUAUGGUAUCGUCCUUUGUUAGGCACUGUUUACAACGAGCCAAUUAAAAUUAAAAUAGGAGAUUAAUUUCUCCCAAUACAAGUCAGUGCGUAACAAGCUUUUUACAGAUUUUCACAGGAUUUAGAAAAACACUUUUGAAAUAAGGGGGAUGGCCAUCUGAACAUUUUUUUGCUCCUUACAAGAAAUUAAAUGUUGGUGAUUAUUUCUCCAUUCAAUUUAACAGUGAGCUUUGGGAUCAGUAGUGUAGGCUUUUCUUUGAAGUAAAUUUUAAAUAUAGAAUCUGGUUGUGGGGCAUCAGUGCCCUGUAUUUACUUACUGGUACAGGUAGAUAGUCAGAGUCUUACCAGUAGUAGUGGCUUUGAGAACAAAAUUUGAUAUCUGUUUAUAUAGUUUUAAGAAAAAACUACAUUGUCUAUUGAUUGUAAUAGUAGCAUAUUUUAUUUUAAAUAUAAGCAUAUCCCUAACAAUGGCAUUACUCAUUGGGUCAUUAUAACUUGAUUUAAUUUAAUGACAUUAAAUAAUAUCAUUUAAUUGCUUUUAUCACUUUCUACAACUUUAUCUUCUUUUUUGUAAACAUUAUUUUGAAACAAAAUAAGUGAGAAUUGCAUAAUACAGUAUCGGCUUUUUAUAAUUUUUAUUUCUGCUUAAUCUAUCAACUUAAUGGCAGAGCUUAAUUGAAAAAAUAUACAUUUGACAUUAAACAUGCACCGUGGAGCGUGAAUAAAUUGUACAAAACUAAAGAAUUAGUUAGGCUUUGUCCAUUAGAGCAUAGAGUGAGUUUCACAAAAUUCAUCAAAGAGUCAGUAAAUAGAUACAAUAAGCCAUUUUGAUUUUAUAUUAUCUAUGAUUUUCCUUCCUUUAAAUCAGGGGUAACACCGGCUUAAUUAAACAAGUGUAUUUUGGUCUAAGGGCUAAAACAAAAAUGUCCUCGACCCCUGAUCUCGACCCUGAUCUAGCGGUUUUGCAUGUUUACAUGAAUUAUUUAGAGCUUGUGUGUCCCAUAGGUGGACUCAUGAAGGCAGCGGGCCUGUGUGUCCCAUAGGUGGACUCAUGAAGGCAGCGGGCCUGUGUGUCCCAUAGGUGGACUCAUGAAUGCAGUGGGCCUGUGUGUUGACCAUAAGUGGACUCAUGAAGGCAGUGGGCCUGUGUGUCCCAUAGGUGGACUCAUGAAGGCAGUGAGCCUGUGUGUCCCAUAAGUGGACUCAUGAAGGCAUUGGGCAUGUGUGUCCCAUAAGUGGACUCAUGAAGGCAGUGGGCCUGUGUGUUGACCAUAAGUGGACUAUUGAAGCCAGCGGGUCUGUGUGUUGACCAUAAGUGGACUCAUGAAGGCAGUGGGCCUGUGUGUCCCAUAAGUGGACUCAUGAAGGCAUUGGGCCUGUGUGUCCCAUAACUGGACUCAUGAAGGCAGCGGGCCUGUGUGUUCCAUAGGUGGACUCCUCUAUUUCUACUUUGUUAACAAUAUAAAGUCAGUAGUUUUGAGGCUCUUGGGCUAUUAACAGAACAUUUUUCAUAUCUUAUUUUGAUUCCAUUUAAAUUGACCAUCUUGAUUGAUAUUUCUUGAAAUGUUUGGAAAUAUUAUUACUUAUGAAUUUAAUUACUUUACAUCUGAGACAAGGUAAGAUACCAUUACCCAUUUGCUUGAUUUUUUAUUUUUAUUUUAGUGAAAGUACGCCAGAAGGGAGAAGGGUAACCAAAUUGGAUAAACUGUUACUGAAUGGAAACAACAUUACAAUGGUAAAUUGAAUUUUUGUAUUAUUUUUCUUUUGAUUGCAUUCCAUAAAAGAUAUCUGCAAUCUCUUUUGAAGAUUUCCUUUAUGAACAACUCCUUAAUAGAAUUUGUUAUUGUUUUUUGCUUUGAAACCUUAGGCUCCUGGUCCUAAAAUACCCAUGCCCCUGGGUUCCUAGUCCUAAAAUACCCAUGCCCCUGGGUUCCUAGUCCUAAAAUACCCAUGCCCCUAGUCCUAAAAUACCCAUGCCUUGGGCUCCUGGUCCUAAAAUACCCAAGCCCCUGGGCUCCUGGUCCUUAAAUACCCAUGCUCCUGGGGAAAAAUUCUACAAACGAGCAAAAAAAAUCAAAUGAUUAUAAAAUUAUUUUAUUUAUUUCAAUCUAAAUUUGUCUUUAGUUGUCCAUAAGUAUUAUAACAAAUUUCACAAGGAGAAAAUUGUGUUAGAAAUGUUGUGAAAUAGCUUAAGAAUAGUUCAUUUAUAUGACCCUGAUUUUUCAUAAAAGCCUUGGCUUGAACUAGGAAUAGAUCUUGUGUUGUUUAUUUGAUUCCCAAAGCACACAUCGAUAGCACUAUAUAUAUACAAAAUAAUCCUUUGCUCAAGUCUGUUCUUGAGAAUAGAAAUUUUUGUAUUUUGGUCACCUUUAUACAUUGAGAAAGCAUAACAAAAACAAUACAUUCAUGAGCGCUGCCAUUUUUUUGCUGGCAUCCGUCCGUCAUAAUCCACAUGGCCUGGGAUUAUUCUUCAAGGAUUAUAAGCUGGUUCCCAACAGCAAAUCGCCUCUCUCCACGCCUCUGGGUAACCCAAGGGAACAUCAUUGGAUGAUACAGCUUGGCACCAGUGACGUUGCAGAAGUUGUCUGAAUGUUUCAUUGUAUCAAUGUUAUCCGCCUUUCGGGACUCCAUCUCCGGGUUUGAUUUCAGAGUUGCCUUCUCUUAGAUGGGUUGCCAUCCAAGGUUAACGAGUCCCAUCUACCCGGGGUGCUGGUGGUGUUUUUGCUUGACUGGGCUCUGGCUGGAGUUGAACUCCAGACCACCAACUUGAGAUUUGCUCAGUUUAAACCAUUCGGCCAUCCAGCUGCCAUUACUGGUACCUUUCACAAGUCACGGGAUAAAUCCUGAACUUAGAAUUUUCAAUACAUUUUAUGGUAAGGUAUGGUAGACAAAAAUAUUGGUAUGGCGGGGUGUGGAUUUAAAAAGCGCAGACAGAUAAAGCGGGGUCAAAGGGUUAAACACUUUCGGUUCACAUAGUAUCUUGGAACAAAGUAUUAUGAAAAAAAAUUUUUAUAUACCGGUAUAAAAAUAGGUGAUAUGACAGUGUGUAAAAAUCAUUACAGAAAUUUGUUAAAAUUAUAAUUUAUGAAGCAGGGGUUGCAGUCAGAUUAAAGAAAACACUUUUUAUCAAAUUAAAUCAUUCAUGAAAUUCUUUCUUUUUUUUAUGCCUACUACUACAAAAAUUAUUUUACCUAUAAAAGGGAACAUAAAAUGUGAUAAUUACGGUUAUCAGCGUUCAAGCGUCCUACCCUUAUCACACAUCAUAACCUGGGUGUCCUGACAUCCUAACAAUUAUGGGGCCCCUAACUAAAGUAAUGCAUUAGACCCCCUCCGUCCACUCUAACUUAUGAAAGUUAAGUACCUGGUAAUUAAAUAAAAGUAUACAUACCGGUACUUAAUAGAAUCAAGCCUAUUUUUAUUUGUACUUUCAAUACAAUUGACUUUCAAUGACUUACAAAAUCAAAGAAAGUAACGAUAAUUCAACAAUCAUUUCAAUCUGAAUAUAGAUGUAUGAAAACAUAUUCAUAAGCAAAAUCCAAAUAGUACAAUUAUUUAAAUAGUGAAAUAUUUUAUGAGUAAUAAUUAUCUAAACUAAAAGAAAAAAUUAUUACUGUACUAUAAUUAUUAUUCAUUUUUAGAUAUUUUACAAAGCCUCCCUAAUUUUUCUUAACAGAAAAUGAUUUUUUUUCUUUAACUUUUAACACAAAUACAGACACAAGAGAUAUACAAAUGUUUUACAACAUUAUUUAUUUUUUAAAUUAAAAUUUUCACACAGCAUACACACUGAAAUUGUACAUUAGAAAAGGGUGUCAGUGAGCUCUUUAUGUCCUCUCCAAAGCACACACCCCCAAGCCCAAAUAUCAGGCCGCGAAGCAGCAAGUUGGAGAUCUCCCCUCGCCAGGACCGCCUCUGCCAGCAUUCACUCUUCCAGAUGCCAAUGGUGGCCACCUAGCCCAAGAAUAUCUGGUCGGCUCGUGAUGCUGCUCUCACAGCGUCAGCAGUCGACUUUCCCAGGAGUCGGGAUGGUAUAUUUACGUCCUAAAAUCUUCGCCCUACCAUCCCGAGGAAGCAUCAGACUCUCUAAUUUCUUCAGUGGGUUUCUACCUCACAACUAAUUUUAUGAAGCAAAUGGGAUGAAAUGGCGGUAGUCAAAGAACAGCUUCCUCAAUUGGCUGUGGAAAUAGAAGUAUGCACACUAAAUUUAUUCAAUAUACUUCUUUUUUAUUAAAAAAAAUACAAGUUACAAGCUAGGACAGUGGUUUAUAUAAAGCCUUUUGAAUAUUCUUUGGUCAAAGUCAUUGGCAAUUAAUAUUACCUCAAAUCACUUGUCUUCAAUACACAGGUAUCAUUAUCUUUGUAGGCCAAUAAAAUCCUGUUGCAACCCCGCUGUCCCACAAUACAAAAAAUAUUAUUUUUUUUUUAAAUUAAGCCUUGAAAAUCAGGCUUUCUCCAGUGCAGUGCAUACACAGGAAAUGCUUCAGCGCAACCUUACUUAGUAUAUGAACAUAGGUUUAUCAUAUUAUUAUUCAAGACAAAAACUGACACCGUACAUCCGCCAACAGGCACAGAUUUCCAUUUACCUAGGUGGGACCAUGGGUUUUAGAUGGGACCAUGCUUUAAGAUGGCACAGAACAAAACCAUCUAAAACAUGAAGAAAUCCUUGUUAUUGUAUCUGUUUGAACUUAUUGUUAACUUAUGUUACCCUUUUAUUCCAGUUGGUGCCUGGAGGAGAAGGUCCAGAGGUCAACUGACACUAACUGACACAUUUUUAAAUCUUUUUUUUUUAUACUGCUUUGUAUGUGUGUUGUAUGUUUGUUGUGCCUGAUCCCGACUGGAUAUGUUAGAGAUGAUUUUUUUUAAAAAUAAAUCAUAAUGACUUAUCAAUAUGCUUAUGGAUGGUUCUUGUAAAAGUUAUCUCAGAGUAUGUUUUAACCGUGCUUGACAGAGAGAGUGAAUGUUUGAACCAAUAAAGUGUGGUUAGUCUGCUUUUGAUCUGAGAGAGAAAUCUAUCAUCAUGUGUGUUUCAUAUUGUGACUCGGCCCAUAUAAAGAUAAAUAAAACACAAUCAUCAA